AUGCUGGAUGCCUUGUUCGACCGCUUCUGGGCCUCGCUGAAGCAAAGAACAGCUGCACGACCAACUCAGCCCCACACAGUGAACGGAAUGACGAAAAGCAGAGGAGAGUGUAGGCCUACGCAGAGCCUACGCAGAGCCCUGUCCACACAGAAGCUCAAGCAACUCCUAACACAGGCUCUGCGGGGCCGAGAGUCAAAACUCCACAAAGACGCACUCACCGAAUAA